UCUCGUAUGCCUCAGUCUGUCGUCUAAACGUCUGGACAUGAACAACUUUCAAAAGUCCUGCUUCUCUGUUUUAGUUCUCCUGGUUUUUCUUCUCCAAGGGUCAUGUUCUGAUCCAGGGGUUGUGCACAAAGCUGUCGGAGACUCACUGGAAUUAAUCGCUGAUUAUCCAAAAGAUGGUCUUGAAGUGCAGUGGACAUAUAAUGAGACCGUAUUUGCAGAGUUUGAUGAAGCUAAUAUCAAUUUAGUGAGGCCUAAGUUAUUUCACAAAAGGUUAAAGAUGAAAAAGGACAGUAUUAGUAUUACAGUAGAAGACCUGGAACUCCGCGAUUCUGGAAGCUUCUCUAUUAUUGCAAAUACAAAUUCUGUUCAGUAUCCAACAAAAAUUAUUAUGCUACAUGUUCAUGAGCUCAUCAGAGAUGUACAGAUUGAGUACAGUGAUUCCUGGCUGCAAUCAGAAAACAUCUGCACGUUUCAUCUUCGGUGUCUGGCGUCCGGUGAUCCCAAUCCCUCCUACAGCUGGAGCGGUCAUCAGAUCCAGACCCAAGGAGGUUACCUGAAUAUCAGCCUCCGUCCAGCAGAGAGCGCUACACUCACCUGCACAGCCAACAACACCUACAGCGUCAAGUACACUACUGAGACUGUAGUCUGCAGAGAGAAAUCAGAGGGUCAAAGGUUCUGCAUAAAAAUGAAUGCUUAAAUUUCUAAGGAUCUCUAAACAUACUUUGAAAUAAAUACAGACAAACUAAGUAACACUCCAAUGCCCAGAAACAUUUGUUGAGACUCAUCUGAAUGCCAAGGUUAUAGUUACAUUGCUCUAAAAUGAUCUUGUUAGCCUAAUUAUCACGAUAUGUACAUGAGCAGUUUCAGGAUCUGUGUAUAUAAACAACAACCUGCACACAGUUAAAACAGUUAUAUAUGUUAUACAGCAG